AUGAAUAAUGGGCUGGCCCAUUAUUUUGGAAUAUAUAUAUUAGCGUCAUUACGCGUUUUAGUUUAUGAUUUAGCUUUGAUGAGUUAUGACAAAGCAUUGAACAUCAGAGUAAAAGCUCUACCACCCGAUCACCCUCGUAUCGCCGACUCACAUAACAAUAUUGGUCUUGUGCAGUGGAACAAAGGUGAAUAUGAUUUAGCUUUGAUAAAUUAUGACAAAGCAUUGAAAAUCAGAGUAAAAGCUCUUCCACCCGAUCACCCUCAUAUCGCCCAAACAUAUUACAAUAUCGGUAUUGUGGAGCGGGACAAAGGUGAAUAUGAUUUAGCUUUGAUGAAUUAUGACAAAGCAUUGAACAUCAGAGUAAAAGCUCUUCCACCCGAUCACCCUGAUAUCGCCGACACAUAUACCAAUAUUGGUGUUAUGCAGUGGAACAAAGGUGAAUAUGAUUUAGCUUUGAUGAAUUAUGACAAAGCAUUGAAAAUCUACUUAAAAGCUCUUCCACCCGAUCACCCUGAUAUUGCCUCUACAUACCGUAAUAUGGGACUCGUGCAUGAAGCAACUCGUACUUGGCAAUCAGCAUUAGAAUAUCAUAACAAAGCAGCAGCAAUAAGACGCAAGUCACUUGCAACAACGCAUCCACAGAUGGUAACCACUGAGAGCGACAUUCGAAGAGUGAAAGCUCAUUUAAAGUAG